CCAAGUUGUAACUACCAAUGAAACGAUUGGAUAGUGAAUUGUUGGAAUUGCAUUUAAGGAUGAACAUCAACAUACUUAUCUUGGUUUGCUUUGGAUACAUAUUUGUUGUUGCCAACUGCGACGAUGGAAUAGAAGGAAACACUAUAGACAACUUAAGUGAUGAAGAAAAAUAUAUAAACGAUCUAGUACAAAAGGCCUUGGAGUUUGGUGUAAUGGAAUUUAAGAACGAAAAUGCCUUAAACAGAUUGAAAACGAAGGAAGGAGUGGAUACAAAAGCUGACUCUGCUGAAAAUCAACUUUCCAAGUUUGGAGACCUUAAUGAAGACAGCACGCAACUUGUCGAUAACGCUAAAAUUCAAUUAGCAGCAUUAAAGAAGCUGUUCAUCACGGGACACAUUAAACCGAACCAAAUAAAGGCAAAAGGAUUAUACCUACAAAUAUGGAAGAAAUGGUUGCAACAUUAUUGCCAAGAAAAUAAUACUAAACAAAUCUGCGAUCCAAACGCAUAUUAUAGGACUAUAGAUGGGACUUGUAACAAUCUAGAGGAACCGACCUGGGGAGCUGUAAUGUGCCCUCAGUCAAGGGAAAUACCGCCUAUGUAUUCUGAUGGUAUUGACGCCCCAAGACGUUUUGGAGUAUCAGGCGAAGAGCUGCCAAGUGCACGUGUCAUCAGUAACGAACUACAUAAAGCAGACGGACAAUCGCCAAGAAAUGAUAAACUGACCAUGAUGGUAAUGCAGUGGGGUCAGUUCAUCGACCAUGACAUUGUUUCAACACCAGUAAUGAAAGGCGCAAUGGGAGCUAAUAUUGAAUGUUGUGGUGAAGGAAACGAAAAUAGGACAGAGUGCUUUUCCAUCCGUAUACCGGCUGACGAUCCAUUCUUUAGUAGGACUUGCAUGGGUUUGGUGCGAUCAGCUCCAGCGCCAGAACAUAAUUGUGAACCUGGAUCACGGGAACAAAUGAACCAAGUGACGUCAUAUAUAGAUGCAUCGGCGAUUUAUGGUUCAACUGAAAACCAAACAAUUUCAUUGCGAGCAUUCAAAGGAGGAUUACUGAAGUUUUACGAAGAUAAUGAAAAGCGAAGUGAACAACUACCACCAGCUCCUAGUGAUAAGUGUACUAUCGAGGCUCCAGAGGAUCACUGUACUAUGGCAGGAGAUAAACGUGUGAACGUAGUACCAAGUCUUGGCUGGAGUCACACAUGCUUUAUGAGAGAACAUAACCGAAUUGCACAAGAACUUGGUCGUAUAAACCCUGACUGGGAUGACGAGACGAUAUUCCAACAAACCAGGCGCAUAAUGGCGGCAAUAAUACAGAUAAUAAACUACAAAGAAUACCUUCCUGCAAUAUUAAACAAAGAUACCAUGGACAAGUAUAAGCUUAAUCUGUUUGAAACGACGGACCAUUCUGAUCUUUACAGAGCAGAUGUUAAUCCGUCAAUCAUUAACGCUUUUGCUGCAGCAGCGUUUAGGUUCGGACACUCACAAAUAGCAGACUAUCAGGCUUUAAUGAGCAAGCAAUAUCAAUUUACCAAGAAGAAACCGAUAGAAACAACAUAUCAUCGGCCACACAUGAUUCAGGUUGACGGUGCUGCAGGGCUUGAUGGGAUCGCUAGAUGGCUCGUAGAUGAUCCAACACCUCUUGCUGACGGCAUUUUUGGAGACGGGGUAAGAAAUCUUUUAUUCAAGGACAAAAAAGGAAAAAGUCUAGACCUGCCGGCACUUAAUAUACAACGUGGUCGAGAUCAUGGAUUACCAGGAUACAAUCAGUGGAGAAUACAUUGUAACCUUGUUAAAGCUGAUAUGACAAAUGAUGGAUCGUUUAUAUUACCUGAUCAUAACGAGAAACAAAAAAUCAAGAUACAGAAUGUCUAUAGUCACGUCGAUGACAUAGAUUUGUUCGCCGGCGCAAUGACAGAAACUUUACUGCCUGACAGCUCCGUAGGACCAACAUUUGCUUGUUUGUUAGGGAAACAAUUUAAAAAGUUGAGAAUAGGUGACCGUUAUUGGCACGAGACAAACAAUCCAAUCAUAAGGUUUACCAAUGAUCAGCUCACUGAGCUUCGUAAGGUAUCAUUUGCCCGAGUACUUUGUGAUAACUUUGACUUUAGCCAAAUCCAACCUGAUGUGUUCCAUGUGCCCGGAACAGAAAAUGAAAGAGUGGACUGUGGUCAGAUUCCAGGGAUGAACUUAGGAAAAUGGGCCUCGUCCCAGUUUCUUUCCGAUGGCCGGCCAAAUUUUACAGUUUCCUCAAGGAAAAAGCGUAAUCAGCAGUGGGUGCGUGAAGAACGGAGAAAGCGUGAAGAUAGACGUGAUCGAGAUUAAUUGAUGUUAUGUUAGCAAACUAAUAAAACGUGAAAGUAACGAUUACUGUAUUUAA